AUGAAUGCAGAUGCCCUCCACUGCAUUGUUGAAGUCUACGGGCCGAACCCUGUGCACAUUGAGCCUUUGCAGAAGCAGGUGACCAAGCUGUACGAACUCGUGGAGCAGGAGGCUGCCGAGGGAGCCUUCUACCAGGAGUCGUGGGAUCUUCGGAGGCUCAUUACCUUCGCCUGGAAACGCCAGUACGAUGCCGGUGUCCGCAACCUGUUUGCUUUGAUCCAGUCAAUCCGCCAAGCUCAAGAGAACCCAGAUGAACAGGAGGACGAGGAAUAUCAGGAAGAUGAGUGCGAGGACGAGGAGCCCGUGCCCGACGAGGCUGCUCCGGAAGAUGAUGAGGAAGCCUAUGAUCAGUGGGAUGAAGACGAGGAGGAGGAGCACAGGAAGGAGGCUGAUGAAGGCCAAGAGGAAGGGGAGGAGGAACAGGCGGAGGAUGAGAUGCCUCCCCCGCCCCCGAAGAAGCUUAGGAAGAUGAAAAGCAAAGCUCGCCUCCGCAAGGGUUUGUCGAAAGAGUCCUCCGAGGACCCAGUCACUCCCGCAAGCAAGCUUCCCAGGGCAUCGACUGAUGAAAGCUACCAGGAGGUCCCCACGGCUUCCAAGGAGGAAGAGCUGAAGCAGAUCAUGGACAAGAUCAAGACGCUGCAGAUGCAGAGAUCCCCGCAGAAAGCCACCGAAGGUGCCAAUGGCAAGGCCCCCGCUGAGAAGAAGCCGGAUGAGGAGGACACCCAGCAGAUGCCUGGAUCACCGCUUGCCCCACGGGCUUUGAGUUUCGCUGCCGAGGAGACGAAGGACGACGACAAGCGGCUCGCAGCCGACGACGCCGACGGUGAGCCUGAGUCCACCGGUGGCUUUGAGGAGGGGGAAGAGGAGCAAUCCGGAGAUUGGGAAAACGAUGAAGUGAUUGAGCCGGAAGGCGAGGAAGAGGGCGAAGAGGGCGACGAGGGCGACGAGGUGGAUCCGAGAAUGCAGGCGAAGCUUCGGCAGAAGAUCAAAGAUGAAAUGAAGCCACGUGGGAAAAAAGCUGCAGCCAUGAAGGGUGCAGCUAAGGCGAAGGCUAAAAGCAAGGCCAAAGCCGAGAAGGCCCCCAAGACCACCAAGGAUAAGAUUUGGGGGAAGAUGAGAAAGGGCGGCAAGCAGAGAGUGCCACCGAAGUUGUCGGAUGGCACUGUCUUGUCGCUGGGAUGCUCGUCUUGCCGCUUUGCCGAGCGAGGGUGUCCCACGUGCGAGAAGGCUACCUUCAGAGGGAAGAGGCGAUCGGAUGUCAGCCCUGAGACCAUUCGUAAGGCCAGGGCCACUUUGCAAAGCAAAGCGGCCAAAGCCGAGGAGUGA